UGUGUUCGUCAUUAUGUGUUUGGUGUCGUCUUUUGCGCGAAUAUUACACAUAAAACUGGAAAUGUGUAGUAUACAUGAGUGAAAACUAUAAUUUUAAACGUAUUUUAAGUGUAAACAUUCGUUAAUCUCCCCGAAAAAAUCAAAACUUGCAAUGUCGGUCGACAAGUCCAUGGAGCUGCGAAGCAAUGAGAUCGAUAAAAGCAAACGUCGUCAUAGAAUUGACGACACUGUUGUUGCGACAGCGGCAUUGACUGGCGGGGGAGAUUCGCAACAAUACGCAAAGAUGGAGAAUACAGACGACGGCGCUGGGAAACCUACAGAUUUAUGUUUACAAAGCAACCUGCAUUUGAUGUCUAGUACUACAAGUAGUUUAGCCGAUACGCCCGGUGAUUCUGGUGUUUUGUGUUUGGACAGUGAAGCCUCUGAGGCGACCAGUCAGGCGUUGAUGUCACAUAGUUUAGUUGGGGCUGAAGAAUUGGCUUGUGACAGCCUCUAUGAUGCUGUUCCAUCUAGUUCUCAGGAUAUGAUCAAGAGCACAACCAGCAGCCUCAUGACUCGGAGCGACAUAGACAAUCAGAACAUGGGAGCCCCUGAAGACAUAGUCCCUGAACUCCUUGUAGAAGCAAAUAAAAAAUCCCCAGUUUAUGAAAACUUGCCAGAUGUAGUUUUAAAAGCUUUGGAAAGUGAGAAAGUAUCAACUGAAAAUAUGGACAAGCCAAUGCGACCAAAUGAGCCAAAGAAAUCACUCUCUGAAGAUAUUGUUUAUAGGAGAAAAUGCAGAAAGAAGUCACAAAGCGGGGGCAGCUCACAGAAAAAACGGGUAUCAUUCCAUGAGGAUAUUUUAAACAAUACUAAAACUGAUAAUAUUCAUAUUGAACGAGGUUUCAUUUCAUAUGGACCAGAUAGCUCAUAUUGUGAUAGGUUUAGGCAAAAGAAUAAUAUUGCAACUGAUAGAUUUUCAUGGUGUGCAUCUGGAGAUAGGUCACCAAAGUAUGCAGCAGAUGUGGCACAGCAGACUAUGUCUGACCUACUUGUGUAUGGUGACUCCAAAUCUGACCGGAGUGGGGUAUUUGAAUAUUGUCAAGAUUAUGAUCAGGAGAACCAAGAGAAUGACAAUAAAGAUAAGGAUAACAAUAAUGAGACAAGACCGAGAGGUAAAUUAUAUGGAUGUGACUCCAACAGCUCAGAUUCCAAUUUUAGCUGUGAUUCCGAGACAUCUUCCAGUGACUCAUCCUCCUCACACUCUAAUAAAACAGAAGCCACACUUCUGCACAGGAAAUGUGACAAGGCUCAAAAAUCAUACUCAUGUGAUGGCUUUGAAAAUAAUGCACAUGUAGCUUUUAUGAGAAAAACUUAUUUUUCUGAAGCUGAUAUAGAUCAACCUCAUGAACGAACAAAGAAACCUCUAGAAGUAACAGAAAGCCCUAACAGAGUUAAAUCUGUGUUAAAGAAAAAACGCUAUAUAACCACAAAUGUAGUUGAAGAGAAAAAACAGAAUACCAAAGUCUUAAAUCUAUUGGAUGUCAACAUAAUUGACUCCUUGAAAAGCUUUUACAAGAAUUUUAACUUUAAUUUUACACCAGAGAAAGGUUUACCGGAGAACAGUAUUGAAUUGACUAAUGUGGUUGAAGCUUUGCCUGAUGUGAAUCAGAACAAGAAACUAUCUAAGAGCUUGGAUUCAGGCUUUCAAAUUGAUGAUGAAGAUGAUUUUGUGGAAAUUAACCUAAAUGGGCAGCAACUUGAUACCGCUCCAUCUAAAGAGCUGGUGUCAUCUACGAAAAGCAAUAUCACUGGAGAUAGGACACCAAACGAGGGCUCUCCACGGCACAAACUCACAUUGAACAUGAAAGCGCAAUUUGAUAAAAAAUCUGCUUACAAAAGUGAUGCUUUUCCAUCCGUUAACAAAUAUGUUGUGAACUGUGAGAGCACAGUUUACGAACAUAAAGGAGUCUCUUACAGUUAUGUACAUGAUACAUUCCAGACUGCAUUUGAUGCUCCCAAGGAAACAUUUGUCCCUUUACCAGAAAGCACUCCAGUGAAAGAGCUAGUGACUAGUACUAGCAAAGCAGACUUAUUUUUAAAACAAACUGAUACAGAUUCAUCCAGCAGGGCAUCUACACCCAAGAGACAAUUCAAUAAGAAUGUCCUGGAUGAAACUGAACAGAAAAAUGGAAUUCCGAAGCAUUUAUCUUCCCCAAAACGGCAAAAUGUGAACCGUUACAGAAAAUCCGCUUCAAUGCUACAAAAAGCUAAUGAAGAACAACAACAAACUAGUGACAACUGCUCAAACACUGAUAACUCUACUCUAAAGGGUGGUGAGGACUUUGCAGAUGAUUUCUUUGACAGUCCGUCUCAAAAGCUAAACUCGGACAAAUCCGCUUUACUGAAUCGUUAUUUAAAGAAUGUAUGUCAACGUAAAGAUUUGGAACUGAAAAUACGGAACAACAAGUUCUUUCAAAACAAAUUGCGAAUGGAAAAAGGUUUCCCAAGCAUCUUAUAUCCGUUUGACGACGUAUCGGAUACGUUCCAUAAUUCCGCGGCGCGGAUGUCGCGCCUCGUGGACAAAGAGGUGAUCGAGAACAAAAGACUGUCGGUGCGGCUGCUGACGGCCGACGAGCCGUCCUACUUUGACAGCUUUGAAGAUAACGUCGCCAUUGAAUGCAAUGAGAAGUUGAGGCUGCAGAUAUUCUCGUAUCCUAAUGAAACUUUGAAUAGGAUGAUGAAAGUGCAAUCCCAGUACAAUAUGGAAGACGGAGCGUGGACCCCUCUUCUCGUUUUCAUUACGGAUUACGCACUUUACGUCGCGGGCCUGACUCCUGGCGGCACGGAAUACGACAUACUUUGCAGGCUGCCGCACAACGAAUUGGAUGCUAUUGCGGUUGGUCCCGAAGCGCAAUACGUCCAAAUCAUCGACAUAGCAGGCAACAUAGCCUGCUCCAUCGUAACCGGAGAGUCAUCUUUAGGCGUGCGUCUAGUAUCUUCACUGGAGUGGAGCGCGCGUACCUCGCCACUGCGAGUGGCGCGGCCUCCGGCUAUCAUACCGCUGAGCUGUAGGCAUUUGGCUGCUGAAGUGGCUAGGCAAAGGCAUCAGGACAAGAUAUCAGACAUCCUGUACUACGGGCGUGCCUUGUCGGGUGACGCUGGCGACCGGCUCAUAGAAGCGCCGGGGGCCUUUGCUCCGCCGCUCGAGGGGUAUCUCAUGUGCCGCACUGAUCGAAGCAAACGCUUUGAGCCCUGCUACUUCUUACUCAGAGCGGGCGUCCUACAAUGGGGCUCCCACCCGCCUGACGCUAACACCUCCCUACCCAACGCCAUCGCGCUCCGUUUGGUCGUUGGCGUGCGACGCCACGUGGACAGUUCACGCCGUCCGCACUGCUUCGAGAUCGCUAUGAACACCGGCGCUAGGCUACUACUAGCCGCUCCUGAUGACCCAGCAGCCUCUUCUUGGCUACAGUCGCUACUAUUACACGCCGCACAGGCGUUAGAAGAGAAGGACGGACUAUCAUCAGAGCUAGCUGGCCCCCCGUGCGCGUGCACCGUGCUAGUGACGUCACGGGAAGUGCUAAGCGUGCGCGCGCCGCUCGACCUCGCCUUCGUCGCCGGCGCCGCGGCUUAUCUCAAGGAGCGAGGCGAUGAGGCGCUGCUCAAAGAAUACAUCGCGGAAAUGAGAACGGACGUAGAAAUUUUGGCGUGCGGGUCGCUCAAGAACCUGACCGCCUUCAAGAUCCCCGACACCGACGAGAAUUGGUGCUGCUUGGAAUGGUCAGUUUGUGAGGCUCGUGAACGUGGAUCGGGACUAGCGCUGGUGAUGGCCAGCGGAGCAGAAUUGGAGCGGCUCAUCGCCGCUGUUGAGCGGGCAUUCUGUGCACUCACUAGCGAACCGUUCCCGCUAAGCGUCGUCGAGGCUUCCAAGUCAGCGUGCAGCACCGCGCACUCCAAAUUCGAAGCCGCAUGGACGCACAUGCUACCACAGCAGUAGACAGGUACAAUCGAGGACCGAGUAUAGACGCAGAGAUAACCCAUUG